AUGGACUUUGCGUUCACGAGGCAGGAUGAGACAAAGGUCGCGCCAGGAACCACCAAGAUCCUGCCAUUGACCUGCCAUGGCCACUCCCGACCCAUCACCCACGUCUCCUUCUCAUCCCUACUCAGCACCGGUUCUACUUCUCAAUACUACAUGAUCUCAGCAUGCAAAGACAGCAACCCAAUGCUCCGCGACGGCGUCACAGGUGAUUGGAUAGGAACCUUCAUCGGACAUAAAGGCGCAGUGUGGAGCGCGAGGUUAUGCGAGGAUGCCACCUUAGCAGCGACGGGCUCAGCAGACUUCUCCGCGAGAGUAUGGGACACAUAUACCGGCGAGACAUUACAUUCUCUCCAGCACAACCACAUCGUCCGAGCGGUGGCUUUCCCACCGCAAGACCGACCCCAGAUCCUAGCGACCGGCGGCAUGGAGAAGAAGCUGCGGAUCUACGACCUCUCAAGAGCAAGCAACGGCACCACCAACGGCGCCUCAAACGGCGCAGACACCACCCCGUCCUAUGAAAUCGGCGCUGGCGACCACACCGCAGCCAUCAAAAGCAUCAUCUGGCUCCGCGACCCCAACAUCGUCACCACCGCCUCCGACGACAAGAACAUCCGCUGGUACGACCUCCGCGCCCAAACCGCCAUCGCAACGCACCCCGUCGACGGCCUCCCCAUCUCCUGCGAACUCAACAUCGGGCUCGGCGGCAACCCCGAGGGCGUCGUCAGCGUAGCGGCCGGCAAGAACGUUUAUGUCUUCGACGGCGCGCGGCCGGGGCAAUUGAUGAAGCACAUCAAGACGGAGCGGGACGUGGCGAGCGUAGCGGUGAACGGGGAGGCGAGGAGGUUUGUUACAGGAAGUCCGAAUGACACGUGGGUGCAUUUGUGGGAUUUGGAUGCGGAGGAGCAGUUGGAGACGGGGAGGGGCCACCACGGGCCGGUGUGGACGACGUGUUUUAGCCCGGAUGGGAAGAUGUAUGCGACGGGGAGUGAGGAUGGGACGGUCAAGUUGUGGAAGUUUACGAAUGGGGCGUAUGGGCUUUGGCGGUGA